AUGACACGAAGAAAAUCCGUUCAAGAACUCGUCAGACCUCUUCGAAAACUCACCUUGCUCACCGGCCAUUCUUCAAAAAGUCUUUCUCUAGUACCUGAACAGACUAUACAGUGCCAUGAACAGCCUACUUUCUUGAGCCGCCUACCUCAUGAAAUUGCUCUCACUAUCCUUCGUUUCUUACCAUUCGAAGAUCUCGUGCGAGUUCAACUGACUUGCCGACGGUGGCGAACAAUUGCUCAAGAUAUUUCAAUCUGGCGAACUCGAUACCAAUCCCUCUGCAAGAAAUACCCGGAUAUCCACCUUCACCUCCAGACCACAAAGAUCAAUGACCUAACUAACCUGUCUUGGCAGACCCGCUAUUGUCAGGCAAUUUCGUCUACCAAUUGGCGUAUGGGGUCUGUACAACGAUUGUGUAAAAUCAGCUGUGAAGGUGGAAGAAUACUAUCCAUUAAACUGAGAGCAAAUAUCUUGGUGACCUUGAACGAGGAUAAUUGCGUUCGAUUAUACGAAUAUUCUACUUCAAAUGGCUUCCAGUUGCAGAUCAAAUGGACUUUUGGUGAUGUGUCUCAACCAGCAAAUGUAGUUGAAUGCAUAGACAUCCUGCCUGAAAUCAACAUCUUGGUAGUCGCACUCCGAGGAUCAAAGUGCAUAUUUUAUGAUAUCAACAAAAAGAACCCGCGUGAACCUAUCCAGGUUCUCAAGGGUGGCAGCCACCCAUCCUUUGUCCCUGAUUCAAUUGCCCUCAAUCAGGAUUACUUUGCCGUUCUGGGAAGAAAGCCGUCUGCUCUCUUUGUCUGGCACUGGCGUAAAGGAGUCCGGUUAGCUAACAAGGCAUUUGAUAAUCAGCCUCACAGCGUGUACUUGUCCGACCAUCAUGUUGUGACUAUUAGUGUGGACGGAAUAGCCCAUGCAUUCGACAUCCUUGACCAGACCAAAUCUGCCGUGCCCCACACCCUUCCACCCUGCAGCAUGCCAUCUGUGGAAUAUGAUGGGUCCCUCAGCAUGGUAUUGGCACCUUUUCAGAGCAGACGUAUCCACCACUUCCAAUGGACUCCCUUACCAUCAAAAGAUAUUUCCGGUGACAACCUCCUCUCCCUCCUACCUACCCAAUCUAUAUCCACUCCACACUCCUCACCCCCUCAAAUGUCCUCUCCCUCUUCAACCCAAGCCCCAGCUCCCUCUAUUCCGACUCCUAGUCCUAGUCCUACUCCACCUUCUCCUCGCCGUAAUCUCCUGCCGUCAUUACUCUCACGCCACAAGAAAAAAGAAAAGGAGCCCCGGGAUCCUCUCUUGAUGCGUCUCCGACGACACUCUUCUUACAACGACUAUGGAUAUGCCUGCCAGAUGCGGACUGCCCACUACAUCAAACAGCAGCAACACCCCCACUCUCAUUUCUACUCGCCGACCACAUCGAUCCGUACUCCCGAUUUCUCACACAAGCCGGCCUUGAUCCACUCAAUCCGCACCAGCCCACUUGGCCGAACCGCUCUAGAGAUCAUCAAUGUCGCUACACACAACGGCAGGGUUGCAACUCUCAAUCGCCACGGAGACAUUGCUCUCUACGCCCUCAACGGGACUACUGCAGCCCGAGUGAGUCUUCCGACCGGAGAAUGUGAAUGGAUAGAACCAGCUGCAGAUCACAGUCGACAAGACGAUCGAUUGUCAGAUGGCUACGAUUUUGUGCGUUCCCGAUUGGCCAUGGGCCCGAUGGGGAUUGUGUAUGGUGGUCGAGAAGGAGAUGUUUGGUGGAUGGAUUUUGGAUGUCGACCAAACUUCUUUUAA